GCGGGCACCGCGAGAUGCAGCAGCCGCAGCAGGAGUCGCCCCAGCCACUGGCCGCGAUGCACCACUUCGACCCCCGGGUGUCGCCCAAGAUAUCGCCCGGCGCCUCCAGCCGCAUUCUGUACGACAUUCCUUGCAAGGUGUGCCAGGACCACUCCUCGGGAAAACACUACGGGAUCUUCGCAUGUGAUGGGUGCGCCGGUUUCUUCAAACGGUCGAUCCGGCGCGCGCGGCAGUACGUCUGCAAAGCGAAGGCGGAAGGUUCCUGCGUCGUGGAUAAGACGCACCGCAACCAGUGCCGCGCCUGCCGACUCCACAAGUGUCUCCAGGCCGGCAUGAACAAGGACGCGGUGCAGCACGAGCGCGGGCCGCGCAACUCGACGCUGCGGCGCCAGCUGGCGCUCUACCUCAAGGAGCCGUCCCAGGGGCAGUGCUCGCCCCCGCCGCCCCCGCCUCCCGCCAUGCCAGCAGCCGCCCACGCAGACAUGGCCGCCGCCGCGGCCACACCGCCUUCGUGAAGCCCUUUUCACACGAGCGAUUCCCUGUCCACACCAACUGCUGUCUGUGAGUCCGCGGCGCGUCUACUCUUCAUGAACGUUCAGUGGGCCAAGAGCGUCACCGCCUUCACUGCGCUGCCCAUGAACGACCAGCUGCUGCUGCUGGAGGAGAGCUGGCGCGACCUGUUCGUGGUGGGCGCGGCGCAGCUGAUGCUGCCUCUCGACGUGUCGCAGCUGGCGGCGCUGCUGGGCUCCAGCAGGUCCCUGGCGCUGCUGCACCAGCUCAGGCUCUUCCAGGAAGCCCUCCUGAGGUUCGCCCACAUGGCCGUCGACGCGCACGAGUACGCCUGCCUCAGGGCCAUCGUCCUCUUCAAGACAGUGCUGGAGACCCCGGGCCGGCGGCUGGAGGCUCCAGAGGCGGUGUGCGCGCAGCAGGAGGCGCAGCAGCGCGCGCUGGGCCGCUACACCGCUCUCGCCAGGCCGCAGCAGCCCUUCCGGCUGGGGAAGCUACUGCUACUGCUGCCCGCCGUCCGCCAGGUGGCGCCCGACACCAUCGAGGAGCUUUUCUUCCGCUCCACCAUCGGCAACAUCCCCAUCCACCGCAUCAUCUGCGACAUGUACCGCACCGGCGCCGAACCCGCCGCUCCACCCACUCUGCCCUCUACCUCUCCGGAGCUCUGACGUCAGUCGCCGCAGUGGGGAAUCCCGUACCACUUGCAGCAACGCCACCACGGCGCUAGAGGCUAGCAUCUCGCCUCCAUCCCGAGACUGUAAAUGUAUCGGUCCUGCGGACCACAACGAUACUACAAGACCUGCUUCGUUGCUAAACAGACCCUGGUGCACUUUACCACCGCUACUCGGUAUCACGUGUGAGGAAACUUUCCUCGUGCGGCCAUCAGACUACUGAUGUUACACUGUAAUCGCAGCUCCAAGAAAGCAUUAGUCCAACAGUAUAUUUCUGAAGAUAGUGCCUUCCAAGAACAACUUAAUGAAAAAAAUUUGUCUUUACAUCUUAUACUACUACAAAGAAAAACUCAUACCGUCCGAUUAACGCUCUCCUUCAGACAGAGUGAGACGCCUAAAUUGUUCGCACCAAGUAAAUUUUGACUCGUUAAAUUUGACGACGACAUGUCAUUUGGACAGGUCAGAUAUUUUGUAACAUUUCAACUUGCACCUGAAAAUGGCUGUAAAGCCGAUGUCAUGGUUGUGUGAAAUAAAUGAACUGCAAUUUACAAUCAAAUGGCGGAAAUUUCUUUCAAAAAAUGCUCUUUAAAGAUUGCGAUUUCUCUCCGUCCAGAGCGGCGUAAAACCAGCCUGCUUGUUAUGUGCUGCAUGUUUCGUCCGUUGUGCAUUAUCUGGCUUCUAAGGUGGUGGAAAUCCUUAACUCUGUCUGGUUUGUGGUCCCCAGUUUUGAUGUUAGGUUGGUUGCUAAUCUAAUUUUUGCUACUCGUUACCGCUUUCGUCUUUCUUCCAUUUAGCCAGCACAGUGGCCGAGCGGUUCUAGGCGCUACAGUCUGGAACCGCGCGACCGCUACGGUCGCAGGUUCGAAUCCUGCCUCGGGCAUGGAUGUGCGUGAUGUCCUUAGGUUGGUUAGGUUUAAGUAGUUCUAACUUCUAGGGGACUGGUGACCUCAGAAGUUAAGUCUCAUAGUGCUCAGAGCCAUAUGAACCAUUUUUUUCUUCGAUUUACUCUCAAUCUUUAUUCUGUACUCUUAAGACUGUUAGUUCCAGCCAUCACGCCCUGUAAUUAUUCUUCACUUUCACUGAUGAUAGUUAUGUCAUUAACGAAUGUUAUCUUUGAUAUCCUUUCAGUAUGAAUGUAAGUCCCACACUGGAAGCUGUUUUUUUUUUUUUUGUGUCAUUGCUUCUUCGAUGUAUCGAACAAUAGGAAUGAAAGACGAUACCCCUGUCUUACAUCCUUUUUAAUGUGACCACUUCGCUCUUGGUCUUCCUCUUUUAUUACUCCCUCUUGGUUCUUGCAGCCUUACACUGUAAAAUUGUAGACACUUCCUAAAAUGACCUUCAGACUCAAAUCCAAACGCCAAAGUAAAAGAAACAUACCCGUUCAACCCUCCAGACUUAAUUUCCUUGUGAUUUUCCUAAAUCGCUUGAGACGACCUCUAGAAUGGUUCCUUUGAAAGGCCGCGGCCGAUUUCUACAUAUGUAUGUAUAUGACUACUUUGCAUUUCAUACUUUAGUGCCUGGCAUAGGAUUCACCGAAACACGUCUCACUGUAUUUCUCUACCGCUCCACUCUCAAACAUCAUGUGGAGAAAACUAACACUUCAGUCUUUGCGUGUGAGCUCUGACUUCUCUUACUACGACGAUGAUUUCUUCCCGUUUAUGUGGACGUCAACAAAAUAAUUUCUCAUCCGAAGGAUAAAAUUCUAGAUUGAAAUUCCGUGAAAAAAUCUCAUGGCAACGAGAAACGCCUUUGUUUUAACUAAUGGCAGUCCACAUCAGUGACAUUUUAUACAUCUACAUCUACAUCCAUAGGUAAAUCGAUAUUCCGCAAUCCACUGUAGGAUGCUGGCACAGGAUACACUUUACCACUGCUUGUCAUUCUCCUUCCUGUUCCACUCGAAAACAGAGCGAGGGAAAAACGACUGUCUGUACGCCUCCGUAUGAAUCCUAAUUGCCCAUAUCUCCGUGUACUGGCGGCAAUCAGUUUCAUAAGCCGGUUCUCCUGAUUUUCUCAAUAGCGUUUCCCGAAAAGAACGUCACCUUCCCUCCGAGGAUUCCCAUUUUAAUUCCCGAAGCAUCUCCGUAAUAUUUGUGUGUGGUUCGAACCCUCUGCUAACAAAUCUAGCAGCCCGCCUCUGAACUGCUUGGAAGUCUCCCUUCAAUGCGACCUGGUACGGGUCCCAAACACUCAACCAGAACUCAAGAAUAGGUCGCACCAGCGUCCUAUUUGCGGUUUCCUUUACAGAUUAACUACACUUUCCUAAAACUCUCCCAAA